AGUAUUUAGUGCAUAACUUCCAACAAUUUCUGUAUUCUACUCACUUCUCAUUUUCAACGCUCAUUCUUUCCGUAUCUCCAUUUCCAAUAACCCCAACACACACCAAAACUUUCACUUUCCACAAUUUCCAACAAAACUAAUGUGAACACAACACCACCGCCGCCACCAUGGCUAAACCACCAGCAACGGCGAUCCGCACCCUAAUCUACUACCUCUCAGAACACCCUUCCAUCGUUGAAUUCCGUUGGAGCCACGCUCACUCAUGGGGCUCAACAUGGUCCUUCCUCUUCACAUCAAUAGCCACUUACCUCACUCUCUCUCUGUUCCUCCACCUUUCCCUCUCUCUCCUCUUCCCCCGCCGCCGCCACAUCCCUCUCGGACCAAUCCCCGCCUUCCACAGCCUCACCAUGUCCCUAAUCUCCGCAACAAUCUUCGCCGGAACAUUAAUAUCCGCCGUAUCGGAGAUCCGCGACACACGGUGGUUCUGGCAGCGUUCGAAAACCCCAUUCCAAUGGCUCCUCUGUUUCCCCUUAGGUACACGACCCUCCGGGCGUGUCUUCUUCUGGUCGUACGUUUACUACCUAUCCCGUUUCAUCCACAUGUUGAGAACAAUCAUAACAAUAAUACGACGCCGUAAAUUGUCGUUUUACCAACUUACCAACAACUCCGUUUCAACCUUGGUUUCUUUUCUUUGGCUCGAAUUCUCUCAAUCUUUUCAAGUUCUCGCGAUUCUGUUCGCGACUCUCGUUUACUCUCUCGUUUACGGUUACAGAUUUUGGACAGCAAUUGGGCUUCGAUCCGCGUGUUUUCCUUUUGUGUUGAAUUGUCAGAUCGUGUUGCUUGGUUGUAACGUGGCGUGUCAUGUUGGUGUUUUCUUGCUUCAUUUCUUUUUUCUUCAAGGUGGCUGUAAUGGAAUUGGUGCUUGGCUUUUCAAUUCGGUUCUUAACACUGCUGUUCUUCUGAUUUUUGUUCAUUUUUAUGUGAGGAUGUAUAUUGUUGGAAAUACUACUCCAAGGACCAAGGUUGUUGUUCAGGAUCAUUCUAUGGAUUCUUCUUCCUUAAUCGCGGGAUUCGAAUUGGAAUCUCUUCAGUAGAAAUUAGUUUAAAUAAAAUUCAAUUCGAAUAAAGAUUAACCACUAAUGUGUAAUAUCUAUGCUCAAUUUUGGGUCUAAAUUUCUGUACCCUUUAGAGCAAUGUAAAAUAACAAUAAAAGAUAUUUCUACUUACAAUUGAUAUCCCAUGUAUUUACAA